CGGGGUUUCCUAGAGAAGUGAACCCUACGGCGUCAUGGCGGAGGCCGGUUGUCGGAAGAGCCUGGAUUGAAAUGCCAGCUUUCUACAAUCACAGUUGACCGUGGAGUGCUUAACCUUGGUAACACCUCGAACGGAAAGGGGGACUUAUUUGAUUAUUGACGGGAGAGGAUAAGCAGCACUGUACAAGUUCUUCUGAACUGAACCGUCCGGGGCUACUCUCCCUGACUGGGAGAUAGCUAGCGAGCUAGCGUACGGUAGCGUUAGCUGCCAGCGGCUGCUAGCUCUCUGGUGAUAUAAAAGAAGAAAAGGGCCCCGCGAAGGUGGAUUAAGACAUCAUUUUCACUGGAGUUUUUCAGGUGAACCACGUCAAAGAUACGACUGCAGGUUUGUCAGGGGAAGUCUUUAUUAUUGGACUUCGACAUGGCGGGACGCAGUGAGGAGGAGAGUGUAAGCAACAGCAGUGGAGAAUCGAGUAAUUCUGAUGAUGAAUCCGGUUCUGGAUCGGGCUCAGGAUCAGGGUCCGGCUCAGGCUCCAGUUCCAGCUCCUCCAGCAGCAGCAGCCAAUCAGGGAGCAGUGACUCAGGUAGUGGCUCAGACUCCGGCAGCCAGUCAGACUCCGACAAUGAGAAAUCCAAGGAGAAGAGCGAGACGCCAAAUAAGUCAAACAUUGACGGAGCUGAGUUCUGGAAGUCCAACCCAAGUAUCCUCGCAGUGCAAAGAUCGGCUAUGCUCAGGAAACAGCAGCUGCAGCAGCAGCAGCAACAGAGACCAAGCUCCUCGAACAGUGGAUCGGAUGAGGACUCGUCGAGUAGCGAUGAUUCAGACUCAUCGAGUGGAUCCAAAAGGAGAAGAAAUUCCGGCUCCUCUGACUCUGGAUCGGGUUCUGGAUCUGGGAGUGGAUCUGGAUCAGAUUCAUCAGCAGCGGAAAAGAGCGAUGAGACGGCAUCAGACUACGAGCCCAGCCACAAAAUCAAAAGCAAAAAGCCUCCUACAAAGAUGAAUUUUCGGAACGGUAAGAAAAGCAGCAACCAGAAGAAGAAAACACAGAAGGGUUCCUCAUCUGAAGACGAGGAUGAGAACUACAAGAAGAUGGCAUCAGCAGGUCCACGGCGGCAGGCGACCGUCAACGUCAGCUACAAGGAGGACGACGAGCUGAAGACGGACUCAGACGACCUGGUGGAAGUGUUGGGUGAAGAUGUGCCGCAGCCCGAAGAAGACGAGUUUGAAACACUGGAGAAAGUGAUGGACAGCAGGAUAGGAAGGAAAAGAGCAACAGGAAGUGUUACCACUGUAUACGCUGUUGAAGCAGACGGGGACCCAAACGCCAACUUCAAUUCCAACAAAGAGGCCGGUGACAUCCAGUAUUUGAUAAAGUGGAAGAACUGGGCUCACAUCCACAACACCUGGGAGACGGAGGAGACGCUGAAGUUACAGAACGUGAAGGGCAUGAAGAAACUGGACAACUUCAAGAAGAAGGACCAAGAGAAGAAGAGAUGGUUAAAGGCAGCUUCACCGGAGGAUAUCGAGUAUUUCAAUUGUCAGCAAGAACUGAUGGAUGACCUUCACUCUCAGUACCAGCUUGUAGAGAGAAUCAUAGGACAUUCAAAUCAGAAGUCGGCGGCAGGUUACCCAGACUACCUGUGUAAGUGGCAGGGUUUACCGUACUCGGAGUGCAGCUGGGAGGACGGUGCUCUGAUCUCCAAAAAGUUCCAGAAGUGCAUCGACGACUACAUGUGCAGAAACCAGUCCAAAUCCAUUCCAUUCAGAGACUGCAAGGUGCUGAAACAAAGACCGAGGUUUGUGCCCAUGAAGAAGCAGCCAUCUUACAUCGGAGGAGACGGGCUGGAGCUCCGAGACUAUCAGCUGGACAGUUUGAACUGGAUGGCCCACUCCUGGUGCAAGGGCAACAGUUGCAUUCUGGCCGAUGAGAUGGGUUUAGGAAAGACCAUCCAGACCAUCAGCUUCUUGAACUACAUGUUCCAUGACCACCAGCUGUACGGACCCUUCCUGCUGGUCGUGCCUCUCUCCACGCUCACCUCCUGGCAGAGGGAAGUCCAGCUGUGGGCCCCUCAGAUGAACAUCGUCGUCUAUCUGGGAGACAUAGGCAGCAGGAACAUGAUCCGGACACACGAGUGGAUGCAUGUCCACAACAAGAGACUGAAGUUAAACAUCCUCCUCACAACAUAUGAGAUUCUUCUCAAAGACAAGUCAUUUCUGGGAAAUGUUAGCUGGGCCUUCAUUGGUGUUGAUGAGGCGCACCGACUGAAGAACGACGACUCCCUCCUCUACAAGACCAUGAUCGACUUCAAGUCCAACCACAGGCUUCUGAUCACAGGAACGCCUCUGCAGAACUCCCUGAAAGAGCUCUGGUCCCUGCUGCACUUCAUCAUGCCUGAGAAGUUUCACUCUUGGGAGAUCUUCGAGGAGGAGCACGGUAAAGGCAGAGACUCGGGCUACACCAGUCUGCACAAAGAACUCGAACCUUUCCUCCUGCGUCGAGUCAAGAAAGACGUGGAGAAAUCUCUUCCUGCCAAAGUGGAGCAGAUCCUGCGAGUGGAGAUGAGUGCUAUCCAGAAACAGUAUUACAAAUGGAUCCUGACCAGGAACUACAAGGCUCUGAGUAAAGGUACCAAAGGCAGCACGUCGGGCUUCCUGAACAUCAUGAUGGAGCUGAAGAAGUGUUGUAACCACUGCUACCUGAUCAAACCUCCGGAGGACAACGAGUUCCUCAACAGAGCUGAAGCUCUCCAGCAUCUGAUCCGCAGCAGUGGGAAACUGGUUCUGUUGGACAAACUGUUGGUGCGUUUAAAGGAGCGAGGACACCGAGUCUUAAUCUUCUCUCAGAUGGUUCGGAUGCUGGAUAUCCUGGCUGAUUAUCUGAGGAGCCGGCAGUUCCUCUUUCAGAGAUUAGACGGCUCCAUUAAAGGAGAGAUGAGGAAGCAGGCUUUGGAUCAUUUUAACGCUGAGGGCUCAGAGGACUUCUGCUUCCUGCUGUCGACGCGUGCGGGCGGUCUGGGGAUCAAUCUGGCCUCGGCUGACACAGUCGUCAUCUUUGACUCAGACUGGAACCCUCAGAACGACCUGCAGGCUCAGGCCAGGGCGCACAGGAUCGGACAGAAGAGACAGGUGAAUAUCUACCGCCUGGUGACGAAGGGCUCGGUGGAGGAGGAAAUCAUCGAGAGGGCGAAGAAAAAGAUGGUGCUGGACCACCUGGUCAUUCAGAGGAUGGACACCACGGGGAAAACUGUCCUCCACACGGGUGCUGCCCCCUCCAGUUCGGCACCGUUUAAUAAAGAGGAGCUGUCGGCCAUCCUGAAGUUUGGUGCUGAGGAGCUUUUCAAAGAGCAGGAGGGGGAGGAGCAGGAGCCUCAGGAAAUGGACAUCGACGAGAUCCUUAAAAGAGCCGAGACGAGAGAAAAUGACCCCGGACCGUCCACAGUGGGAGAAGAGCUUCUGUCUCAGUUUAAGGUGGCCAACUUCACCAUGAUGGAGGAGGAGGAGAUAGACAUGGACUCUGAGCGCAGUCACAGGAGCUGGGACGACAUCAUUCCCGAGGAGCAGAGGAGGCGGAUGGAGGAGGAGGAGAGACAGAAGGAGCUGGAGGAGAUCUACUUGCUGCCACGCAUGAGGAACUGUGCCAAACAGAUAAGCUUUAACUCCAGUGGAGGUCGGCAGAGCAGGAACAGACGGUACUCUGGCUCCGACAGCGACUCGCCCUCGGACCGAAAGAGGCCAAAGAAACGAGGACGACCGCGGACCAUUCCACGAGAAAACAUCAAGGGCUUCAGUGACGCUGAGAUCAGGAGGUUUGUCAAGAGUUACAAGAAGUUUGGGGGACCACUGGAAAGGUUGGAUGCCAUCGCUCGUGAUGCUGAACUUGUGGAUAAGUCCGAACACGACCUCAAGCGUUUGGCAGAGACGGUUCAUAACGGCUGUGUGAGGACACUACGGGAAAACCCCUGUGGACCAGAGAAAACCUCCGGAGGCAGAAGAGGGAAGGUAAAAGGUCCCACGUUCAGGAUCUCUGGAGUCCAGGUGAACGCCAAGCUUGUGAUCUCGCACGAAGAAGAGCUGGCUCCGCUUCACAAAGCCAUUCCUGCCGACCCCGAGGAGAGGAAGAAGUAUAUGAUUCCAUGCCACUCGAAGGCAGCGCACUUUGACAUUGAGUGGGGGAAGGAGGACGACUCGAGCCUCCUCAUAGGAAUCUAUGAGUACGGAUACGGCAGCUGGGAGAUGAUCAAGAUGGACCCCGACCUCAAUCUCACACACAAGCUCUUACCAGACGACCCAGACAAGAAGCCUCAGGCCAAACAGCUGCAGACCCGAGCAGACUACCUCAUCAAGCUGCUGAGUAAAGACCUGGCCAAGAGAGAGGCACAGAAACAAGCAGGGACGGCUAAUUCACGGAAGAGGAAACCAAGAAGUAAAAAGAGCAAAACUCUGAAGCCGACAAAGACAGAGGAGGUGAUGAAGAGUACGUCCUCAGAGCCAUCGCCCGAAAAGAGGUCAGAGGAUGAAGAAGAAAUCGAGGAGGAAAAGGUUGUUCCACCUGUGAAGACGCUGAACCGACGGAGCCGAGCGGACAGAGUGGUGGUGAAGGAGGAGGAGGAGGACGAAGAGGAGGAUGAAGAAGACAACGACGAGGACGAUGACGAGCCCGAGGAGGAGGAGCUUUCUUCAUCCGGGGAGAGGGAGGUGAAAGGAAAAGAGGUCAAAAAAGAGAUCAAGAAGGAGAAGAAGGAGGACACCUGGGACACAAAGGAGAAGGAGCCCAAAGAGAGAAAAGAAAUCAAACCUCUGGAGGCGAUGCACAAACAAGAGGAGAGUGCGGAGAAGAACGAGCUGAAGGAGAGAACGAAGAAAGCCUCUGAUGGUCCCGUUCAUAUAACAGCAAGUGGAGAGAAUGUCCCAGUAUCUGAGGAGUCUGAGGAACUGGACCAGAGGACGUUCAGUGUGUGUAAAGAGAGGAUGCGGCCGGUGAAAGCGGCUCUGAAGCAGCUGGACAGACCGGAGAAAGGACUGUCUGAGCGCGAGCAGCUGGAACACACGAGACAGUGCCUCAUCAAGAUCGGAGACCACAUCACUGAGUGUCUGAAGGAGUACUCAAACCCCGACCUCAUCAAGCAGUGGAGGAAAAAUCUGUGGAUUUUUGUCUCCAAGUUCACCGAGUUUGACGCCAGAAAGCUUCACAAACUGUACAAACAUGCGAUCAAGAAGAGGCAAGAGAACGCCCAGGCCAUGGAGCAGAACACUAGAAGUCAGAACACACACGGUUACAAAAACGCAGACAUCGAGAGGCUCAAGGACAACUCUCACCAGGACGAGAGCAGCAGAGACAGCUGCAGCUCGGACCGACAUCAGCCGUCAGGUCGACACCACGAGAGCAGCGGCAGCAAGGAGAGACACUCCACGGAGUCUCACAGGAAGACGUCGGGAGGAGGAGGAGAGUCCAGGAAGAGGCCGUACUCCUCCUUCAGCAACGGAAAAGACCACAGAGACAGAGACCACUACAGACCGGACAGCCGGGACAGAGACAGACAGGACAGUCGGGACAGAGACAGACAGGACAGUCGGGACAGAGACAGACAGGACAGUCGGGACAGAGACAGACAGGACAGCCGGGACAGAGACAGACAGGACAGAUACUACAACGACAGCAAGCACAGGAAGCUGGAGGAUUUCCGCUCUGGCAGAGACCACCGGCCAGACUUGAAGGAUCAUUCCCACUCAGACCACCGCUCCUCCUACAGAUACCACUCAGACUGGCAGAACGAACAGCGAGCCUCGGCCAGCGGGCCGCGCUCCCCCCGAGACCAGCGCUCCCCUUACGACUCCCGCUCCCCACUGGGUCACCGCUCGCCCUUCGACUACUCGUCGGACCACAAGAGCACGCCGGAGCAGAUCUGGAGCAGCCGCAAGACAUAGCAGGAGCUGCGGGGUCUGCACGUAGCAGCCAUAGACUGACACACAGCGAGAUGCCUUACAGGGACUGAACCUGCAGCUGUCUGAAGCAGCGAGCAGCCGUCACAUCAGCGCGGCUCCUCCCCCUCUGCAGCUGACAUCACCUCGGGAACCUGCAGGACGAGCGCCGGGGAGCGGCUCCACCCAGGCAGCAGAUUAAAGAAUCCUAUUUUUCUAUUUAAGAGUUUAACGCUGCGACGGCGGCUCCACAGCACGCAGCUGGGAUUUUUGUUAUUUUUAUAAACUUUUUUUUAAACUCUGUACACGGUCGACCCUGAGUGCUGCCUCAUAUUCCCGCCAACCCACGACACUGGAUCCUGUCUGACUGUUUCUCUAUGUUCGUCUGUCCGUCUGUCUCUCAAUCAUGCUUCUUAUUUAAGUGUUAACUCGAUGAGACGUCGCAAGAAUCACAGAGCAGGUGGAUGUUGCGGUGAAGCCACCUGAAGUACCUCAUUUACAGCAUUUCUCAGUUCCUCGGCAGGUUUUCUGUUUCCACCUGGUGUGAAUUAUUUAAUAACAUAUCUUAGAUGUAAAAAAAAAUAACCUGGAUUCUUUUUUUUAGAGCAACUUGUAUCAUGUUUUUUUUUCCUUCAAUAAUGCUGUUGUAAAUUUUUGUAAAAUAGUAAAUCAGUGGUCUUUUCUCCUCAGGCUUUUGGGAUUUAUUAUGACUCUACUUUUCCCCAUCGACUCAGGCUUUUUUCGUUGUUCUCCGAGUGAGUUUCUGUACAAUAGUUCUUUCGUUUAAUGCUUUCAGAAUGUAACUUUUGGUAAAGGGAAAGUUCUUACUCAGUUUUUCUCACUAGUGCUUAGUUCUUUCGUCUCUUGAAUCAGUGAGCUGAAAGGAGCGGACUUUUUGAAAUCACUGUCUUGUUUUCUCUCCGUAGAAGCGCCUGUUAGAUCUUAAACAGUUAGACUUCUGACUUCUUUUUCCUUCCUCUUACCUUUUAGUUUUGUUUUCUACGUAGGCAAUAAUAAUGUCAAUGUUUCUAUGCAGCCAAGUAUAUUUGUGGUGAACCAGCCCAACUAAAUGAAGUCACUGUUACGGUUCACACUGUUGUACAUAAAUUUCCUCUAUAUUUGAAAAUGAAUUUACACUGAAAGUGCAUGAAUUUUUAUGAACUGUUUUAUAUAGUUGUUUAUGAAGCCAUUAAAAUCAAUCACUGUACUCACUCGUA